AUGUUCUCCCGAAACACCAGGGGGCUGCUCCUGGCGCUUUUCGCCUUGGCGGCCGUGUCUUCUGCAGAAGAAGCGACCAAAACCGAUGAUGCACCCACGCCGGCACUGACGCCCUGCGUCGCAACAUCGACCGCAGGGGCCUUUUUCGAUCUGCGCCCCGAUGUGGCCAUCGCUGUCGCGGAGGAUGAAAAGGCGCCGAAGGGGAUACCAACGGAGGACUACAUUGCGCGCGGCUGGGACUAUGGGUAUAACUUUACACUCAACGUGUGCGAGCCGGUAGUGAAGGGGGUGGAAGAUGUGGUGGGGGUCAAGGAGUCGUUAUGGAAAAACAUUAGCGCGUAUUAUGAGACAAAGGGGAAGGUUUACUCCCUAGGGCAAAGCUCGGGAGAGCUCAUGCCCCGCGGGCGCAAAUUAGUCCUGCAGUACACGGGAGGGUCGCCAUGCGGGCCACCUAGCAGCAGUUGGGACAAACGGGAGAUUGUGCGUGAGAAUGCGGGCUAUAAGCCUUACGACACGGAUUUCGACGACGAUGAUGACGACGCAGGUGACGGCGGCAGCAGGAAGGAUGAAGACGGCGAUAAGAAGAAGGACGAAGACGAUGAUAAGAAGAAAGACGAGGACGACAAAGAAGACGAAGACACGGGGAAGGACAGAGAGAAGGACAAGGACCAGGAUGAACGCCGGAAGUCCGCCACCAUUUCUUUCCUCUGCGACCACGACCCAGACACGCCAACGGCCUUCUCCUUCAUCGGCACCGACCCCGACCAAUGCGCCUACUUCUUCGAGGUCCGGUCCCAGCAUGCCUGCGCCGGAGCCGAACCGCACAAGCCCGGCAGCGUGGGACCGGGGAGCGUCUUCGCCAUUAUCUUCUUCAUCACCGUCCUUGUCUACGUCAUGGGCGGCGUCUUUUACCAGCGCACCGUGGCCCACGCCCGCGGGUGGCGGCAACUGCCCAACUACAGUUUGUGGGCGGGGAUAUGGAGUUUCAUCAAGGAUCUCUUUGUCAUCCUCACCGCGUCCUGCGCUCGCUACGUUCCGCGCCGGAGAGGCUACCACUCGCUGUCUGGUUCUCCUUCGGGGAGACACCGCAACCGAGACGACGAAAACCGGCUGAUUGAUCAGCUUGACGAGGAAUGGGAUGAUUGA